AUGACUGCGCUUGUGGCGAAAUUCGUUUCACGAGCUGUUGAGCGUUAUCGCGAAGCGAAAUUGCAGUACCCUUCUCAGAUUGUUGAUUAUGAGGUGCCACUGAUUCGACAGGCGCUUGAAAAAUCACAGUGCGGCAAAACACCGCUAACAUUGAUUGUGGUGAACCGUGCACAUCAUAUUCGCUUGAUACCGCGAGAGGCCAAUGAAAGAGCGCGAGCAAGCGAACAGAACAUCAAACCAGGCUGCGUUAUAGACAGACAUCUCGUCCAUCCGCGUUACUGUGAAUUUUAUUUGAAUUCCCACAAGGCACUUCAGGUCCCGUGUUUUUUCUCGUUUUUUUUCUAG